CGUGAAAGUUGUCAGUGCGAUCGUCUGCUACUACUGUCAUUACAGCAUCGAUUGUGCAACAAUCUAAUUCCAAGUUUGUUUGUGAAAUUGUGUUGUGGUUAUUUACUGUUUUAAGCCUAGGUGUGUGAAUUUACUCAGCGUGUUUCGCUCUAGGAAUAUUUCUUCACGAAAUAAUCACAAAAUGGGAAUUGAAGUGUUUGAAGAACCUAGGCACAUCAUGAGCAACAAGGAGCUCAAGCGAGUAGGAAAGGCAGUGUCUGCAUUGCUAGCUACAGCUGCAGAUGAGAAGCGUAUAACAUGCGGUCUGCGGCCGGCUAUCAAAGUGCUUGAGAUGGAUCCUGCGCAGAUUCUGUUCUGCGUUAUGCCUCACACCAACGACGCUGCCAAACAUAUCCAGUCUGUUCUGCUAGAGGCAUUCUGUUACGAACACAACAUUGCUAUAAUCAAGGUAGACAGCCUGGAUAGACUCAGAGAUACGGUUGGAGAAGUAGACUGCAGUUGUAUCCUCAUACAUAGACACAGGAACUUCGAUCGGCUGCUUUGCCUCGAGAUAGAACUGGAAAGGAUGAUCAAUUCUCCAGAACUCACGUUUGUGACGCAGCCUGUAUUUAAACUGCCCGCCAAGUGAUCCCAAUAGUGUAGAUACUUUGUGGACAAUUACUUCUGAUUGAUUCUAACAGCUCAGUCUGUUCAUUGACUCGAGUCGGAGGAUUCCUCCAAAGGACUCAACGAACGAGUUCGGCUUCGGCUUGAAGCCACACAUUGUAACUUGUUCUUCCCACUGCGUUGGGAUCUUAUGUAGCUGUACAUAAAUGAGUGGUGUCUGACAAAGCUACAUGCUAAAGUAACAUGUUUUGUAAAACAAUCCGUAGGAGAUGAAAAAUGUAUGAUUAAGUCAGUAGGAAAAACUUGUAUCUUGCAACAACUUCGUUAAUCUGUUUUGUUUCUUUAGCAUUAAGUUCAACAGUGUUCGUUUAAGAUGUUUUGUUUAUUCAGUUUUGUUUGCUAGAUAUGUUUGAAAUAAAUGGAUUAUUGGAA